AUGGCCACUCAAGAAGGAGCUCCAACCCUUCCAUGGUCACGAUUACCCCACAUCGUUCACCCACUGCCAUCAUCAACCCUACAGCCUCAUGAAGCCCCACCACCGCCACCACCAAGUCAAGUGCUUUUUACGCCAAGAUUUCGAGCCRCAACAACCAAASCUCCAUCUCAACCUACCGCAAUCCCACCUCUUUCUGCAGGAACUAACGUUGUUGCACCACCAUCACCGCCAACUGCACCACGUCAGUUAGUAGCUAAAGCUACGGCAGCACCAACCUCAUCACCUGUAGUUCCAAAGGACACACAAUAUGAAGCAGCAACCACAUCCCCAAUCGUCACUCAUGCUGCCACCCCGACAUCCUCCCCUCUGAAAACUGUCAAACGUUCACCAGAAAAAACUUCAUCUGCAUUAACUUGUUGUGUUCUGUAG